AUGGUUGGCUUGGGAGAAAACAGCUUGGUGGAGUUGAUGAAUCAAAGAAAAAAGGAAUAUUUCAGCGUCGUGAAUCAUGAAUUGGUCAUACCGGCGAGAGAAUAUAUAUAUGAGCAAACUCCUGCUGCGAGAUUGAUUUUUUUUACCAAUGUCUCUCUUCACCUCCAAAAGAAGACCAAACAACAUUUGAUACGGCCCUCAAAUCCAUCGGAAAUUAUUAACGAGGAUUCUCACGUUCAAAUCGGAGUUCGACUCGUCAUCGCAAUGUGUAUACAGAGACACAUAGUUUUCACCCGCUGUGCCUGCACCCCAGUCCUCAUCAUCAAAUGCUCUGCACAAGAAUUCGUCGAGGAGCAAGUUACCAGGAGCAAGCGAAAGCCACCGCUGAUAUACAAAUACUGUGUCAAUUUCAUGAUUGCUAGAGACCUGUGGACUGGAUGUUGUAAGAGGAAGGCGGAGGGGCUUUUCAUGAUUCUCAGCGAACUUGGUGGACGAGGGUGGAAACUACCCAACUUGUACUUAUACCAACAUCCAUCCCACUUGGGAAACAACUCAGCAACCUCACCAAUUAUCAAAAAUGUGCAUCCAAACGGUCAUAACCUUCACCUCAUGCCCAUGUCGCAUGACACGCAAGAACACGAAUGGCAUCACCUGGAAUCAGCGCCUGACUACAGGGCCUGUCCCGAUCUGAAAACGGAAGAAGAAGUUGAUGAAAAUAUGUGCACACAAACCCUGAUAAUCUUCGCUUGCUGCCCAUGCCGAAAGACAAGGAUAAGCACCUGCACCAGCAUGCAAGACGAAGAAUACCGCGCCUGGCGACACUUCCAGUCGAUUCCAGACUAUCGAGAUUGUAAAGGCCUGGAGACUCUCGAGGAUUUCAAUGAAGGAUGUUGCGAAAUGGCACCCAGAGGGGCAUGUCCUUACGCUGGCGGAAAUCGAUUUGACACUCCAAAGGUCCCACGGCCGAGAGAAGACAAGCUAGGUAUAUAUCCAGAAACUCAGAACAAUCUCUGGCGCACAGUCUCCGAGCCGCGAAAAUUGCACCACAAAUCACUUGCACUUGCCAAGAUUCCGAGUCGCCUCAGGAGCUCUUCGUUCGGCAGCUCCUCCUUCCUGCGACGAGAUGGAGCGAGAGAUGGUGCCAAUAUUGGUGGCAAUCACGUUCUGGCUGGAAGCUCCUUCGUUUUACAGAGGAACCUGAACUACAGCCAGCUCUUUGAAUUGCAUUUGAGAAGCACGUUGAAGACGGGUAUUGGUCAUUUGCAAGGAAUGAAGAAUCCUCUCGAGCUGGAACGACCACUUCGGAAGCUCGAAGAUAUCAAACCCUUUCUCCUACAGCAACAAGAUUCCAAUGUAGGCACGAGAGAACGGGAAACCUAUUUGCCAGAGGAUUGAAUCGUGGAAGGGAAGUUGGAGUUGGCAGGAUGGGUGCGAUGACUAACCUUCUGGAGGCAUGCGGGGGGGUAUCAAUGUAACCACAACUUGUGGGGGUAGUUUUUUUUUGGGUUGGGUGUGACGCUGUCAGGACAGCUAGUUGGUGGAGGGAUGAGGACAGGUAAGUUGCAUUUGAAUUGAUAAGCUAGGUAUCACAGCGCGAUAAAGAAUUCUCUAAGAGUCAAGAUAUACAUGCACGUGAGUGGGAUUGUAUUGUGU